UCAAAUUAUGUUUCUUUCAAAAUUCAAAUCUCAUAGCCCUGCGUCGUCCUUGUUCCCUCUUCAUGCUACGUACCUUCAAUAUCUCGAAUAUUCAAACAAGACAUUGAGAAACAAGGCUCAUCGCUCUUCAAUCUCAACCAAGAAACCGACCUUUCACAUUCCCUGCAUUUUUAAUAGAAAAUUUUCAUGUUGCAUCAAUUCUAGGCAAAAUUCAUCGUUUGUUUAAUCCAUUUUUUUGAGGAUUGAGCGACGAAAUUCCUCAUGGGAAAAUUAUUAAGAGAAUAAUUUUCCUCAAUUUAUCCAUAGAAAGGAAAUCCUACCAAAACUGCUCUGCCGCAUCUAUCUCAAUUGCACAGCAGCACAGAUUCUACCAUGUCUAAUCUUCAGAAUGAUCCACUUUUACAAGUGGAAACGACCAGUCGAUCCCUCCUGUAUGAGUUGCAGAUCAUUUGGGAAGAGAUUGGGGAGUCAAAUACUGAUAGAGAUAAAAUGCUGCUUGAGCUUGAACAAGAGUGUCUUGAAGUAUACAGAAGAAAGGUGGAUCAGGCAAACAGGAAUAGAGCUCAACUAAGGCAUGCAAUUGCUGAUUCUGAAGCUGAACUAGCUGCUAUCUGUUCUGCUAUGGGAGAGCGACCUGUACAUAUGAGGCAGGCUGAACAAAAAGUUGAAAGCUUGAAGGAAGAACUUCAGAGAAUUAUUUCACAGCUUGAUGAGAUGCAGAAGAGGAAAUUAGACAGAAGAAAUCAAUUCCUUGAAGUUUUAGAGGAAAUACAGAAGAUCUCAAAUGAUAUAUAUGAGCCUGCUAUUCAUAUGUAUGUUGAUGAAACUAAUCUGUCGUUGAGAAAACUUGAAGAGUUGCACAGGCAGUUGCAUGCACUUCAAAAAGAGAAGAGUGAUCGCUUGAAGCAAGUUCAAGAGAAUCUUGGUACUUUGAACUCACUUUGCUUAGUGCUUGGUAUGGAUUUCAAGCACACAGUUAAAGAGAUUCAUCCAAGUUUUGGUGGUGGCACUGAAGGAUUAAGGAACAUAAGUAAAGAUACAAUUCAGCAUUUGGCUACUGCAACACUAAAAUUGCAAGAAAUUAAAAUACAAAGAAUGCAAAAGCUGCAAGACCUUGCUACUACAAUGUUGGAGCUAUGGAAUUUGAUGGAUACUCCAACUGAAGAGCAACAAAUGUUCCAGAAUGUUACCUGUAAUGUAGCUGCUUCAGAACAUGAAAUCACCGAGGCAAACACUCUAUCUGUGGACUUCAUCAAUUAUGUUGAGGCAGAAGUCUCUCGGUUGGAAGAGUUGAAAUCAAGCAAGGUGAAGGAUCUUGUUCUGAAGAAGAGGUUAGAGCUGGAAGAGAUCUGUAGAAAGGCACAUAUUAUUCUGAAAGUAGAUACUGCAAUAGAAUAUGCUAUAGAAGUCAUAGAAUCUGGAAAUUUGGACCCUGCUGGUGUUCUUGAGCAGAUUGAACUUCAAAUUGGUAACAUUAAGGAAGAAGCUUUUAGCAGGAAGGAAAUCCUUGAAAAGGUCGACAAAUGGCUAACUGCAUGUGAGGAGGAGUGCUGGCUUGAGGAGUACAACAAGGAUGUAAAACGAUACAGUGCAGGGAGAGGAACACAUCUUACCUUGAAGCGUGCCGAAAAAGCUCGUACUUUGGUUAAUAAACUUCCGGGUAUGGUCGAGGCAUUAGCUUCAAAAACCAUGGCAUGGGAAAAGGAAAGAGGCACUGAGUUAUUGUAUGAUGGUGUUCGCCUUCUUGACAUGCUUGAAGAGUAUACCGUAUUACGCCAGGAGAAAGAGGAAGAAAGACGGAGGCAACGGGAUCAGAAGAAAUUGCAGGGUCAGCUGAUAGCAGAGCAGGAGGCACUUUAUGGGUCAAAAUCAAGCCCUUUGAAGGCUCAAAGUGUGAAAAAAGCUCCUAAAGUUUCUACCGGAGGUGCAAGCAACAAAAGACUCUCCCUUGGAGGAGCAAUUGUGCAUUCUCCUAAACCUGAUUUAAUUCAAUCCAGCAAGGCUACACCCCAUUCACGUCCUGGAAAGAAAGUUGACCAAAUCCACCAAUAUGACCCUUCAAAUAACCGGCAGGAUGACAGCUUUUCAGUAUUGUCAGUUGGUAAGAGAGGGUUGGAUGUUGCUGGUCUUCAUGCUAAAAAAAUUUCUUUCAGAACUGUAAAUGCUCGUGAACCAGAGUCACUAAUGCUGCGGAAACCUUUCUCACCCAUCUAUUCCACAUGAUCAUCAAAAGCCAACAUCUUAGAAGAUAUGAUCAUAGAACAUUUUGAGCCCUAUAAAAAGACACUUGCAACCCUGUCCUUUACUGCUACCCCUUUGAUAACUUCCAUUGCAGAUGAACAGAACAGGACUCCUAAGGCAAUGUCGAUCCCUAUGCCAAAAACACCUUCCACUUUGUCUGUUCCUAUGCAAACAGCUAUGACCCUAGCCCCUCCACCAGCUCAAUAUGGUGCUAGUUCAGCAGAAGAGGUUCCCGAAGUAAUUGAGUACUCAUUCGAGGAAAUAAGAGCUGGAUUUUUUCUUCCCGGAACUCAUAUUAAGUCGAUCAUAGUAUGACACUGUUAAGCUCUGAGUUAUUUGCUUAGUUCUAUACUUCUAUGGGAUAAAAAAUUGUGGUUAGAAUUUACCAUAGUGUUAAAAAUAUUUUCUGCAGACGAGGUUAGAUUCAAUUGAAUAUCUUUUAGGUAGAUGUAAGUGUGCAUUUGAAAUGAACAUAGUUUCCUCAGCUUAAUAGCCUUAUGAUUUUUAUGGAAAACUUGCUUACCUGCUUUGUUCUAUAGUUUUGGGUAUAAGUUGAAAAAUAUGGAAACAGUUAAAUGCUCUCAACUGUAUCUUUGGUAACAUCAUUACUUGUGUUAUAAAUUGAAUCCUCUGGCACUGUUCCUACAAC